GAGCACGGCCCUCCAGCCAGUUCCUUAUCCAACGAUAAUACCCAACAUAUAUGUAUGUUUAUUCUAGACAUGUAUACUUAGCAUAUUUACAGUUAUCAUGAGAUAUCCUGAUGUUGCCUUUAUACAAUAUGAUACACAGUUAUGUAGCAAAAUUAAAAUUCAUUCUACACCUGCGUGUUAUCCUUAAAGAACUCUGGAGUUCUUACUGAUACCAAGAAAUUUAAAAAGCUCAGAGGUGUCCAUUUUUAAAUAUUUAUGUUUCAUUCUUUUACACCGCUUAUGUUUCAUCCAUGAAUGUAUUGUAUCUUCCAUGUAAGUCAUUUAAUUUACUUCCAGGUGUAGGAAAAAGAAACACUGAUUAAUAAUGAAGUCACCAGUCCUGUGUUCACUGAGAAAAUAAUUUGUAUUCUCCAAUUCAUCUUCCAGGUUUGCUUUGGAAAGGAUAAUCUAAGAAAACAAUUUCCUGGUUGGCAUAUAUUAGGAGUGUACUCAUACUUUAGUGAGUUGAACAGUGGGACAAAGUGGGCUUGAACCUUUGCAAGGCUAUUUCUUUGAGUUCAUUCUAUUUGUUUUAAAGAAAAUAUCAAAUCCUCUUUCCCAGACCAAAUUGACUGAAUAUUCCUAAACUGCCUGCUCCAAGCCACAGUCAGCCCACUACUCCACAGACUUCUUCUCUAAGCUUUUUUCAGGAUUCCAGGGGGAAAUUCAAAAAAAUUCCUGUCCAUAUUCUCUCUCUCUUUUUUUUUUUUCCCUAGACUUCCUGGGGCAAGAGGUGGGGGGAGGCCGUAGGUAUAUUACAGAGGUUACAGGCACCUAAAUCUUCAUAAAAAUAGAUGGGAAUUAAAAAUUUAUUCCACUGUAUGGCAAUGUCCUUUUGCUAUGGCAAGUCUUUGGGGGUAUUUGAGCAAUAGCUAGAUAUAUCAGUUUCAGCUUCCAAAACAUAAGUAAUUCUUAUGAACACCUUAAAGGAGUUGUUCCUUUGUAAGCAGGACAUGGGAAUUCCAUAGAUCAAUUAAUAACUGUAUGGAUAUGUAAGCAGGAGAUUUAUCACUUUAAUAACAGCAUGUAUAUUCACAUCUGAGAUCUAUCACUGUGUCACACAGCUUUAUUGCAGCCAAAGGCUGGUUAAGAUUUUGAGGGGUUGUAGAAUAGUCCUGCUAGAAGGACGACCUAUUAACAGAGAUUAAUCUUUCUUCAGCAGCAUAAAAAGUCCAGUUUCUUUGAGUAAAGCAGUAAUUAUACAUAUUGAGAAAGCUUUGUCUUUCAGAGAUCCAAACCAUGUCAUUCUGUACCAGCAGUACAAAACAUAUCUAGGUUUCUCUCUUAGGUACUUGUUCUUUGGCUUUAAUUUGAUGUUAGCUUUUUUUAUAUAUUAGCUGUGUCUGCAUGUUUAUGUCCUACAUAUAUAGCCUUAAUUUUUUUCACUUGUAUUUAUUUCCUGCUUAAAACAGCAAAAACACUCCACCCACUUCUGAACUGGAUUUUUCAAGCUUUUGUUUUGCACAGAGACAUGUAAUUGUGUUUGGGGUUUAGAGACUACAGUCAUUCCAGCCACUUGUUUCUGCAAAGGAGCAUAAUGACUUCUUACAUCUAUCUUAAAUGAAGAGAGACAGCUAUACCCCAGAGCUGCAGUGAGGUUUAUCUGACCCAUAAUUUUACAGCAUUAUAAACCACACUUCAGCUGAAACUUCAGGGCUAGCAAAACAAUAAAGAUCUUGGUUCAGCACUGCGAUAUAGUGGGUUUUCCUCCUGGUGAUGUCAUUUCUGUUGCUCUAGAGGUAGGAAAUGCAUUGAGAUUUUUGAAAGGCUUUUGCUCUUUACUCUUUGGCUAAUUGAGCAGCUUCAGGAGGAUGUUCAGAGUUUGUAUACUAUAUGCACCAGACUUGUAUGCACACUGAUUAAGCUACAUACUCAGGUUGCGUACAGAUAGUUUUGGAAUGUGGGUGAGAAAAGUACAAAUGCAAUUUUAGUUACAAUCUGCUGAGUCAGUAGAAUGCCCAGCUCAGCUGGACUAGGAAUUUGGAAUGAUGUCUAUUGGAUCAUCUUGGCACUGGAACAGACUGCCCAGAGAAGUUAUGGAUGCCCCUCCCCUGGAGGCACUCAAGGUCAGGUGGGGCCCUGGACCCUAAUUCAGUGGAUUGCAAUCAGUCCAUGGCAGGGGAGUUGGAAUUGGAUGGGCUUUGAGGUCCCUAUCAACCUAUGCCAUUCUAUGAUCUUAAACUUUGCUGUGACUAUUCAUUAACCUUUCCUAUUAUCUGUGUUUUCUUUCAUUUGCUCAUUGCAUCUGGUGAUACAAACUAGAGCUGCACAAUGGCCAUGAGUGAGAAUGUUUAAUACCAAGGGCAAUUUUAAAAAACAAAAACAGAGUAUAUAGCAAAGUAUUUCUGCUUCAAAAAUUAACUAUGUUCAUCUGGAAUGCCCUCAGUAAUCCUUCUGCAAUAGAAUUACCUUAUUUUCUUUAAAAAACCUUUGGUCAUCUCAGAAAACUAUUGAAGUAGUCUCAGUAACUUACUUACGCCUUAUCACUUUGCUAUUAAUAUGGAUUUCUAACAGUCUGUGAGGAAAAAGUCAUUUCAUGGUAAUUAAGAGGUCAGGAAUUACAAUUCUUAAUUAAAAAAUAAACAUCAACUCUUUCUAAGAUUGGUAUUGCAUAUUCUAGGCCCUGAGGCCUUCAUAAGAUAAAUUCCAUGCAAGUUUUAUGCAAAUUGAAAUCCACGUUUGUCUAGGUAAUUUCACUUUGUUAUAAAGCUGCUACAAAAAUGUCUUUUGAGAACAUGGAAGCACUGAGUCAAAUUCACUCUUAAUGAACUCUAGUGAGUGGAGUACAGAAAGACAGAUUUGCACCGUUAUUUUUCAGAUGUUUAAUUCACUUUAAAAUUAAUUGAAAAUCAAGACAAAAGACACCCUUUAUGACUUGAGUAUUAGUCAGUGCUUCAGACUGAAACAAAUAAUCAUGGUUCAACUGAAACCACAGUUUCUGCGUAGCGGUCAGAAUCAGUCAUAAAUCAGAGCAAUGUCUUGAACCUUAGUGGAUGAAUAAUGGUGACCAGACUUUGAAUGUUCAGUCAGAAAUCAAGCAAAUGUUAUAUGGCUUUCAGGCCACGAAUACGUCACAUAACUGUACUACCAUCAUCUGCUUUAAUUUCAUCAAAUCAGUAUUAAUCCUAUCAUGACAUAAUCUUCCUUCAAGUAAUUCUUUUCCAGAAGAAAUCUAGAAAACUUUGGAUUUUAUUAUUUAAUAAACCACUAUUAUUAGGAACUUUAUGUGAAAUACACUGAAUCCCUAGAGAAAUGAAAUCCUCAGUGAAUGAAAUCCUACCAUGUUGAAGGAAAUAGCAAAAUUUCUUUGAUUUUUAUGUGAUCAAGAUUUAAUCUAAAGUCUUUUGCAGAAGUGUGCCAAGAACAAAUGUCUAGAUAUGACAGCACUGAAACUCAAAGUGAUCCACAAUGUUAACACCAAAAUAACUUGAAAUAUUUCCAAUGCUUCUUUGUCCAAACAAAUUCAUGUACUGCAGGAACUAUGCAUCCGUAUGUGAUAAAUCUGUCCCUCUUAUAAUACCAGCAAGCAUCAGGAAGGAUGUUAAGCAUCUCUUAGAAUCACAGAGUUAUAUUUGAAUAAAUAAAAACAAUAGAAUGUUUCCAGGCUUUGAAAUUUUGAAUAGUUUUAUAGGUACAUAGCUCCACAGAAUAUCACUGCACUGACUCAUUACUGCAAUUGUCCAUGCAAUUGAAUUCUGUGAUUAGGAAUCUGGAGAAUUUCCAAAAAUGCUUGGAGUAGGUGAAAAGCACUGAAAAUAGGUCCUCUCUCUUCCCAAAUUAGCCACGUUGAUUUUAUUCUGAAUCAUGGCCUUAAGCCAUUUGUAAACAAGAGAUCUUACACAGAAGAUACACUUGGAUUUUCACUUGGAAUUCUUGGAACAUGGGAAUGCUGAGUUAUGGUUUGAAGCAGUGGUUGAGAACCUGGUGGGAAGGCAGGACCAAUGCAUGGAAGCUCAGGUGCGUGCAAUGUACCUGAGUGACCAGAAGGAGUGGAGUCAGGAGCCACUCCUUCCCAGACCUCAUUUAAGGGUUGGCAGUGGAAGUGAAAGCAACCUGCUGGAGAUCUCCAUGUAUCUGAGGCCUUCUGAAGAUGCUUCAGAAAACUGCUGUUUGUUUACCGCUGGUUCUGCCAACCAACUCAAGAAGGGACCGAUCUAUUCUUUCAUUAAUCAAACGCAGUAUUAUCUUGAACUAAUUAUUCUUCUCCACAUGGCCUUUCUUCUGGUGUCAGCUUAUUUUCUGCUGACUCAUACUCAGGGUGCUCCUGUAGAGAAUGGGGCACUGUUAGAAACACUGAAGUCACAGGUAGGAUUAUUCAGCAAUAAAAGUGAACACUAUUCAGCACAGGUGAGACCUCCUGGCACAAGCCGACGAAUACCUCAGACAAUUAUCAUUGGAGUUCGUAAAGGAGGGACAAGGGCUUUGCUGGAAAUGUUGGAUAUUCAUCCUAAUAUUGUUGUAGCAGCUACAGAAGUCCACUUUUUUGACUGGGAUGAAAAUUAUGUGAAAGGAAUAGACUGGUAUAGGAGUUUGAUGCCAUUUUCGUAUGGAAAUCAAAUUACUAUUGAGAAAACACCAGGCUAUUUUACAUCACCACAGGCUCCAGAAAGAAUUCAUGACAUGAAUAGCUCCAUUAAGCUGCUGCUCAUUCUGAGAGAUCCCACUGAGAGAGUUAUAUCUGACUAUACCCAAGUAUAUUACAACAGAGUAGAAAGUCACAAGCCUGUUCAGCUUUUUGAAGAUAUUGUUAUUAAGAAUGGAGCACUUAAUACCAAAUACAAAGCUAUUCAGAGAAGUUUAUAUGAUGUUCAUAUGGAAAAGUGGCUUAAACAUUUCAGUUUGGAUCAGAUUCAUAUAGUGGAUGGCAAUACUUUAAUCAAGGACCCUCUUCCUGAAUUACAAAAAGUUGAGAGAUUUCUGAAUCUUCCUUCCCGAAUUAUGUCUUCUAAUUUUUAUUUUAACCAAACUAAGGGAUUCUAUUGCAUUCGAAGUGAUGGAAGAGAAAGAUGUUUACAUGAAUCCAAAGGGCGACCCCAUCCUCUUGUUAACAACACUGUUUUAGAACAACUUUAUUCUUACUUCAGAGAGCACAAUGCAAAAUUUUACAGAAUGGUUAAUCAUUCUUUUGACUGGCAUUAAUGCAUUUGCAAUCAAUGCUUCUUUAAAAGGGCCUGAAAAUGAAUUCUUUCAAGCAUAUCUUUGUAACAUGUAGAGAUUCAUAUUAUGAGAACUUAACAUACUGGCUAUAUAGAAGCAGUGAUGUGUUUGCUUCACUGGAACAAGACAUCUGUCAACUCAUUAAAAUGUUGGGAAAAAUGUUUCACAUAUUUGUAUGGUUACUCUGGAUCAUAUUCUACUCUUCUUUUUCCCAUCAUGCAAAUCAUUCCCAUCAGAAUCUCAAUGGACUUAAUUCACAUAUGAUGUUUUGGAAAAAUGACUGCUUUUAACAAUGUAAAAAUGUACAUAUUUGAAACUGUAUUGUUCUAACUGUUCUGUAUUUUUUUUUUGUUCUUGGUAUUUUUUUAUAUCAAGUAUGAGGAUAGUGACAUUGAUUUCUAGAAUUUUUCCUACAAUAGGUUAAAUUAUAUGUUAAACAGGGGCGUAAGUAGUGGCUCCAGUAAAUAAUUCAUCCUAUGCUAAUAUGUUACAACUUUCAUACAAUUAAUAAUAAUAAGAAUCUAUUUCACCUUUGAUUUUGAAUAGGUGAACUAGAAGAUCUUUGUCUGUAUAUCAUUAGUAUUAAAUCACAGUCUUAGUAUCUUGGGUCUGAAAAAAAUAAUCUCCAAAUAAUAAAGUAAGAAUAUGAACUGUCUGAAGAAGUUUAGGAAAUGAGAGAUCUGAAUGUAAAGAAGUUAAAACAUCCCAGGCAACCUCAGUUUACACCAUUAUUCUGUAUAGUAAAAUGCAAAAAAAUUGUUAAUAUCAGCACCUGUACAAAUGUUUGAUAAUAUAAAUUAUUUGACUUUGAAUUUGAAUGAAAAAGAUAACUCCUUAUCAGUACUACAAUAUUAAUUAUAUUUGUAUUCUGUGACUAAGUUAUUCUAUUUCUCUCCCAACUUUCCUUUAAGUGUCUCCAUUGCAAUAGUGAUUCUUUUGAAUAAGAAAAACACGUUUCUUUGCCUGCCCUUCAAAGCAUGGAGUAUUCUUUGUAAUUUCUAAUGCAGGUCAUGGGAGGUAUUCAGACUUAAAAGUAACAUCUUUUUAUAUUUGUAUAUCUCAAAUAUACUAUGGAUGACAUACUCAGAUUAUGUAUAAAAGUGACAUCCUGCAUAAGGAACUUUUCUUUUUGAUAUCUUUUGCCUGACAAUAUUGUCUGCUCUUCUUUUGCAUAUAUCAGUUCCAAAGAAGAAAGUCAACUUGAAAUGUUAAAUGUUAAGUGCUAAAUAGAACUAUACAAAUGCAAGCACAUGUGCUUGUUUGAAACUGUACCUUGCAAUCCAAAAAUCCUGGUGAGCUGUAAUUGCGUGGGCACACUCUAAGCAUCAGGCUCCACUUAAUCCUGUUGAACGUACUGAAUAUCUGUAUUUUUCUGUUCAAGCAACUGUUCAGGCUACAGGAUGUGUUCUCAAUGUGGAAUUCAGUCAUCUUUUUCAUGAGUUUGAAGGUAUGUAUUGCAACACUAAUUUUGGGUUUUUAAAUCGCUUUACUACAGUGCUACUUAGAUGUUAGGGAGAUAGCAUUCUUCUUCCACUGAACCUGAUCAGAAUCAGACCCACUAUAGAUUAGUUGGAAAGAGCUGUCAUCAUACUCCUUCAAGAAUUGUAAAAUAUUAAAAAUAGGAUAAUAAGUCUUGUUUUUCUACUACCUGUGAACGUAUAUCUAAGAUGGGAAAAUUAUGCUAGUUUUUCAUUAGCCUAUAAUUAACCUCUAAAAUUUUCUUUCUAAAAUAUGAUUACUUUGCUCAAAACUAUUAUUUUUUUUCUUCCAUCUUUUCUGAGGUUGUGGCUUCUUAAUCAUUAAUAUUGUUAUGGUCUGGCCACUACUCAGAAAUACAAAGUUGAUGUGCAUCAGGUGUGGAAAUAUAAAUGCAUUUCUUUCAAAUUCA